AUGAAAGAAACUCUGCUAGACUCAGUUGAUAAAAGUACUUUUACUUCAACAUCUGAUAAAGAAAACGUUGAACCUGAUACAUUUAAUCUUACAGACAACCUUAACUCAUCCAAUGAUUCUAUGAGAGUAGAAAGUUUGAAUGCAAUUAAUUGCACCGAUAGUUCUGAAACUCCUUCAAAUGAUCCUGUGAGAGUUGAAAGUUUUGAUGCUACAUCAGACGUAUAUAAUCCUCUGGACCUUUGUAACAAAAUUCCCAAUUUAUAUCGCUUGCUUGAUUUGUGCAAAGACACGGGAUCUAUCGGAUAUUCGGUUGACAAGAUUAUCAUAUCACAAGAAUUCUUGAGGAAACUUUGCAACGAUAUGGUACCAAAUAGCUUUAAAUCAAUUUCUGAAGUUAAUUACGCCUCUUUGAAUUCGAGAUCACUUGGUCUUGUCGGAAUUUAUGGAAAUCGUGAAACUAUCGCGAGAUAUUUACUACAAAAGAAUGCAAUCGAUGAAAAAAUUCAUGAUCUGCUCACGACGAAUGAUGAUGAGAAUUCUGAGUCAAUGAGGUCCCAUCUCAAACCUGGAAUUUAUCUCCUAGUUGAAAAUAAAUAUGGCUUUGUUAUCCAUUGGCCUGAAAAAGGUUGCUAUAAUAAUAAUCCCUCCCAAAAAAAGAGAAAUCUGGUGAAUCUUCACAGAUAUCUUACAGAAUUGACGAACACUCAUUUCUGCUUGAUGGAUGCACAAGAACUUGCGACCUUUGACUUUGAACACCUGGACAGAUAUGUUAGGAAUAAUGAGGAGGAGGAGAUCGAGGACGAUAAUGUCUGUUGUGUAUAUAAGCUUAAAUUCGACAAUAGGGACUCUAGAGAAGAUGAGUUAUCUCUGCCCUCGAACCUUCCUCCUGCCAUGCCAAUAGAGUCAUGCUGUAACCAAUCAUUUAUCACCAGCUAUGUGAUCGAAACCAAGGAAACACAUAAGCCGAGUGGUCAUGCCAGCGUAUCCCUUAAUGAAAUAAGAAAUUAUAAUCUGAGAAUAGACUCGUCCGUUCCUUUAGCUGAGUUGAUAGAUUUGGCCGAAUUUUUGUCUAUAGAAGGCGAUCUAAUCAAAACAUAUAAAGAUGAAAUGGAGAUGAGUCGUAAAGAUCACGAGAAAGGAAAGGAGGGUAUCGAUAAUAUUAUUAAAGUCGAUGCAGAUAUCCUUUUUUCAAUACUCAUAUAUAUACUAAGUGAAACAUACGAGUAUGUAUUUAGCAUAUAA